ACAAAACAAACAAUUUCGUCUAUGGCAAAUAAUGGCCUAUGGCUACGGUAAUUGUUAAUUUAUUGUUUCUUUUGUGUAUUUAUUCGUAAAUAAACACACAAACUAUACUUUAUCGAUAGGCAGCAGUAUAAUUAAGAUACACAUUAAUGAAGGACACACAUUAUUUUAUUGUGAAACUCGUAAAUUGCUUAUAACAAAGAUGAAUAUAAACGUCAAUGUUUACGAGGUGCCUGUGGUCAGUGCAGUUAUUAUGCACCAACAGCCGCCUCAGGAGAUGCAGAAUCACAACGUCCCGCAGCCGCAACCUCCAGUGAACACGCAAGAACCAGAACCACCACACUUAGUCGAACGAAAACCCAAAAUCGAGAAGAAAAAGAAAGAGGCGAUAGAGGGACAAGCACGAGAGAUUAUUUUUAAGGUAAUAAAGUUCUUUGAAAGCGAAAAACAGAAUAGAGGCUAUGCUUACCCAGUAGAAAACGUCGUUAAAAGAGCGUGUGCAGCCACAGGUUUGUCAGAAAGCACGAUAAAACGCAUCAAAAGGGAUGGUUUACGCGCGGAAGCAACACAGACAAAAAUCGCGGGACCUAAGAAAAAACGCGUAAGAAAAACGAAAGUACAGCUAGACUACUUCCAACUGUGCGCUUUAAGAGGCAUAGUCAACAGCUACUCAGUCAGAAAAGAGGUUCCAACGCUUGGAAAAAUUUUAACAGCCGCGAAACAUGAAUUGAACUACAGAGGCGGUAAAGAGUCAUUAAGACUAAUACUGUUGAAUAAACUUGGUAUUAAGUUUAAGAAGUGUGAGAAGAAGAAUAAAAAGCCUCCAGAACAGCCGCCGCAGCCCCCUCCACAGCCGCCGAUGCAGAAUAUAAUGCAACAACACCAGCAGAUGCAGCAAGUAAUGAAGCCAGUUGAAAAUCAAUGCGUCUACACAACAAUGAUGCCACAUGUACCUCCAGUUUCAUAUUAGGAAGCAAAAUCAAAGAUCAUACAGUUUUUUUUUGUUGGAAUUUGAACUAUAGGUUCUAUAAUACUGGCCGUUAACAAAUCAAGGAGGAACUGACAAUAGAGGUUUGUUGCUGAGAAUUGCAAUUGCCAACUGUACUGCUCAGCUGCACUGGUUUGUAUGUAUUUUACAUUAAACUGUUUUUGAUUGAAACUGCAGCAGCACCUGCAGUUGCCCUCAAAUGUCGAUUUCAUGCAGGCUCUGCCUUUGUGGUGGGCAGUUGCAAUCAACAGCUCAUUUGAAAACAUUUCUUUAAUAAAAUCUGAAUAUUAUACUGCCACAGGUCAAAUUAAUAUGGUGCUGGCACUAUUAUGCAUAUAUUUUCUAUAAAAAAAUCAACAUCAAUCUUUUUUUUUUUUUGUAAAAAUCAAAUCUUAUUGGAAUCGAACAAUGGAAAAAUUGAAACAGUAGAUCCUUCAUUCUAAAUUUAAAAUAAAAAUUACAAAAUAAUUUAAAAACACAUGCAAUUUUGAUAUAAUGAGUUGAUUAUUAAUGUUUCAACUGCCAUUUUUCUGGUAUACAGUUCAGUUCCAAGUAUACUUCAUUUACAUAGGCACUUAUCUAAAGACAAUCUUGAUAUGAAUUUUUAUUUAAAAACUCACUUUAAAAGUAAAAUGCAGCUGAAAUUCAAUUCAAAUUCAAUAACAACAGUAACUUUAUCAAUUGAAUCAUUAUUUUAAACAGUAGUUUAUUUGU